GUUUUUUUUGGUCCAUGGAAAAUAUACCAAGAAAAGUUGCAGAUUAUAUUUAAACUUGAAAAGAAAGCUCAAGUUUUAAUCCCCUGUAACGGCUACUUCUGCUGUUAACGGUUCUAAAACAACUAGCCUUUUUCCCUUUGAGUCCCUCUUCUCUUCUCCACCAUUUUGCCGCCGUGGAGGAGGUGGUCGGUGGCGGUCGUCUUUCUGAGCUUAUGGGCAUUUUCGCGAACCUCGAAUACAAUCAAAUGAAACGGUAAUAUGCUUUUGGGGAAGUUAAUGACAAGACAAGGCCACCUCAAAAUCACGAAACGGACCUAAUCUCUCUCUCUCUCUCUCUGAGGAAAGCGUGUCUGAAGGUAAAAGUGAGGAGCGAUGCUCGGUAAAGGGAAAGAAAAUCCAAAGGGGAAAAGAAAAGCAAAGCACCCAGAAAAGUUACGGAGGCAGGUUUGGUUGAAGCAAUCCACUUCGAAACCAUCUCUAUAAAUUCCCAACUUCUCCCAGUCGGAAAUGAAAUCAGAAAUCUCCUGAAUUGAAACUCAGCUUCUCUCAAUCAUGGGAAUCUGCUUCACCAAAACCCACGAAAUCCCCAUCUCCUCCUCCUCCGAUUCCCCCCCUCACCAACACCGCCACCAACAGCACCAUCAAUCCAAGAAAACCCGAGAACACUCUGUGACCAAACCAGCUCCUGCCCAAAAGCCAGCUCCUGCGAAAUCUUUUGCCCGAACUGCUACGCUUUGGUCGAACACUGGUCCGAUUCUGGGCAGACCCUAUGACGAUUUAGCCUCAAUUUACGAUAUUGGGAGAGAACUGGGGAGGGGUCAAUUUGGGAUAACUUUUAUCUGCACAGAAAAGGCGACGGGCUCGACAUACGCGUGCAAGUCGAUAUCGAGGCAGAAGCUGACAAGGAGCAAGGACAUUGAAGAUGUGAAGAGGGAGAUUUCGAUAAUGCAGCAUUUGUCGGGGCAGCCCAAUGUGGUGGAGUUCAGAGGGGCUUACGAGGACAGGGAGAGCCUGCAUUUGGUGAUGGAGGUGUGUACCGGCGGCGAGCUUUUUGAUCGGAUUAUUCAGAGAGGCUUCUAUUCGGAGAAGAAAGCGGCCACGAUUAUCCGACAGAUUGUGAAUGUGGUCAAUGCGUGUCACUUCAUGGGCGUGAUGCACAGGGACUUGAAGCCUGAAAAUUUCUUGUUCGUGAGCCAAGAUGAGAAUUCGCCGUUAAAGGCCACGGAUUUCGGGCUGUCUGUCUUCAUAGAAGAAGGGAGAGUUUAUGAUGAUCUUGUUGGAAGUGCUUACUAUGUUGCCCCAGAAGUGUUGCAGCGGAACUAUGGGAAGGAGAUAGAUGUUUGGAGUGCUGGAGUUAUCUUGUACAUUCUUCUAUGCGGGGUGCCUCCGUUUUGGGCUGAGACCGAGAAGGGCAUAUUUGAUGCAGUCUUAAAAGGUCAAAUUGAUUUCCAAAGCUCGCCAUGGCCUUCUAUAUCUGGUGUUGCUAAGGAUCUCAUCAAGAAAAUGUUGACAAAGGACCCUAAAGAACGGAUUACUGCUGCCCAAGCGCUUGAACAUUCAUGGCUUAGAGACGGUGGUGAAGCAUCUGACAAACCCAUUGAUAAUGUUGUUCGGAUUAGGAUGAAGCAAUUCAGAGCAAUGAACAAAAUGAAGAAACUUGCUCUAAAGGUAAUAGCAGAAAACCUUUCAGAAGAAGAAAUCAAGGGCUUAAAAGAAAUGUUUAACAACAUAGACACAGAUGGAAGUGGUACAAUCACUUAUGAAGAACUCAGAACUGGAUUGUCCAGGCUUGGUACCAAGCUCACUGAAGCAGAAAUACAGCAGCUCAUGGAUGCUGCUGAUGUUGACAAAAAUGGAACCUUAGAUUACAUGGAGUUCAUUACUGCCACUAUGCAUCGGCAUAGGCUUGAGAGAGAUGAGAACUUGUGGAAAGCUUUCCGGCACUUCGACACAGAUGACAGCGGGUUCAUAACAAGAGAAGAGCUAAGACAGGCUAUGUCUCAAUAUGGAAUAAGCGAUGAAGCUACUAUAGACGAAAUCCUCGACGAUGUAGAUACAAAUAAAGAUGGAAAAAUCAAUUAUGAAGAAUUUGUAGCAAUGAUGAAGGGAACACAAGAGCCUGAUGAGAAACAAAGAUAAAUUUAUUGCUCCUAUCAAGAGCUUUUACUCACAGAGAUUGAUCGAUCUUGGGUUGUAUACAUAUGCGUGUUGUUCCCGAGCUUAAUAAAUUGCUUCCCCCUUAACUGUUCAAGUGAACAAAAUACUGAAUAAACAAAAGAGGUUGCCACA